UAAGGUGCAGGAGGGUAGGGCGAACAGGCAGGUAGGUGAGGUAUUUAACGGCGAUAGGAGGAGGAAGACUGGAGGUGGAGGCGAACUGGAAUUCCGGAGCAGCAGAGCAAUGCACAGGAACAGUGAGAUAAUCUGGCAAGGUUUGGUUGCUCCUGCAGUCCUCAUAAAGGGAGGGUUGAUGGAACACAGCUGCGGAGGCAGGAGCAGACCGGACUCCGCCCAAGGCUUACUGAAACCAGUACAGCCCCACCUAAAGCUCAGGAAAGGGAAGGACAAGCAGCAGAGCCGUGACAUCCCCCCCACCCCCUCAAUGGCAGCCCUCCGGUGCACCGGAAGAGCCCUCCUCGCUAGACCGGCGGAAGGCAGCGAUGAGAGCAGGGUCCAAGAUGAACCGACAGGGCACCGAAGAAAGCUCCUCAGGGCCAUACCCCUCCCAGUCGACCAGGUACUGCAAACCGUGCCCCCGGCGACGGACGCCCAGGAUGCGGCGAACAGUAUAAACAGGAUGCCCAUCCACCAACCGGGUGGGUGGAGGGGGACCGGCCGGAGGGCACAAAGGGCUGGAAGACACAGGCUUAAACAGGGACACGUGGAAAGUGGGAUGUAUACGGAGGGAGGCCGGGAGUUUGAGGCGGACCGAGGUGGGACUGACAACCACGUAAGGGCCCACAGACUUGGGGGCCAGUUUCUUGGAGGUGGAUUUCAGGGGAAUGUCUUUGGCCGCCAACCAAACCUGCUGUCCAGGUGCGUAAUGCAGGGCAGGGAUGCGGCGUCGAUCGGCCAGACGGCGAUUGUGUUCAGUUGUGCGCCGCAGAGCCACAUGAGUCCCAACCCACACACGACGGACCUGCUGGAGAUGAUGCUGAACCGAGGGGACCUCAAGCUCCCUCUCCUCCUCAGGAAACAGGGGAGGCUGAUAACCCAGGGAAGCCUUGAACGGGGAGCGGCCGGUGGCAGAGGAGUUGUAAGCGUACUCAAUCCAAGCCAGAUGCCGGCUCCAGGUGGAGGGACUGUCAGAAGCCACACAAUGGAGAGCGGCCUCCAGCUCCUGAUUUAGACGCUCUGUCUGUCCAUUGGACUGGGGAUGAUAACCAGAGGAUAGUGAGACCUUGGAACAGAAAGACUUCCAUACCUGGGAAACGAACUGCGGUCCUCGAUCCGACACUAUUUCCGAAGGUAUUCCAUGUAGGUGGAAGACGUGGUCGACCAGGAGGUCCGUAGUCUCAGAAGAUGGUGGAAGUUUACUAAGGGGAAUAAAAUGGGCUGCCUUAGAAAAGUGAUCCACUACGAUGAGAAUAACAGUUUUACCUUGUGAGGAAGGCAGGCCAGUAAUGAAGUCCAGAGCUAUGUGGGGUGAUUAGCCCCCUCCAACCAGUGUCUCCAUUCCUCCAGUGCUAGUUUUAUGGCCAAUAAUUCCCGAUUGCCCACAUCGUAAUUUUGCACAGCUGCUGACGAACGUCGGGAGAAAAAAACGCAUGGAUGUAGCUUACCCUCCAACUCUGACCUCUAGGACAGUACUGCCCCCACCCCCGAGUCGGAGGCAUCCACCUCCAGAAUAAACUGCUGAUCAGGGUCUGGCUUAAUGAGGACAGGUGCCGUGGUGAAUUACUCUUUCAGUCGCUGGAAUGCCAGGUCAGAGUCUGGGUUCCAGCUAAAGGGGAUCUUCACAGAGGUUAGUUUGGUUAGAGGAGAAGCAACUGCACUGUAGUUGCGAAUGAACCUACGGUAAAAGUUGACAAAUCCCAGGAAUCUUUGGAGCUGCUUGCGGUUGGUAUGAACUGGCCAGUCUACCACUGCUUUAAUCUUGGCUGGAUCCAUCUUCACCUGCCCGCCUUGGAAGACAUGACCAAGAAAGGUUAUGGAGGCGGCGUGAAAUUCACACUUCUCUGCCUUGACAUACAGCCGCUUCUCAAGCAGCCUCUGUAAAACCAUCCGAACGUGCUGACUGUGUUCCUCAGGAGUCUUGGAAUAGAUCAGGAUGUCGUCUAAAUACACAAAAACAAACAGGUUCAAGUAAUCUCUCAGAACAUUGUUUAUGAGGGCCUGGAACACCGCCGGAGCAUUAGUGAGACCGAAAGGCAUGACCAAGUACUCAAAAUGACCUAGAAAUGUGUUAAACGCCGUCUUCCAUUCGUCUCCCUCACGGAUCCUGACUAAAUGAUAGGCCUUGCGGAGAUCUAGUUUGGUGAAAAUGGUCGCCCCUUGGAUGGGCUCAAAGGCAGAGGUAAGGAGUGGCAAGGGACAAUUGUUCUUAAUAUUUAUCUUGUUAAGACCCCGAUAGUCAAUGCACGGUUUAAGGCUCUUAUCCUUCUUUUGCACAAAAAAGAAGCCAGCACCUACCGGUGACGACGAGGGCCUAAUUAUUCCUGCUGCUUGGGACUCCUGGAUGCAGCGUUCCAUAGCGCAACGGUCCGGACGGGACAUGUUGAACAGUUUGCUAGUAGGUAGGGGUGCCCCAGGCAGAAGAUCUAUAGCAUUGUCGUAGGGAGAAGCAGUUUUAGAUAAUAAACUAAAACUGCUUUUUCCAUCUUAGAAAUAUUGCAAAACUGAAAUAAUUUCUUUCCACCAAUGACAUGGAAGCUGUUAUUACAGCUUUGAUCAUGUCAAGGUUACUCUUAACUGCCUGUAUUAUGGUGUCACUCAGGCUCUUUUAUCCAGUC